AUGAAUAUUUAACAACUAUAAGGUCAAUAACCUUAAAUAUCAUAGCAUUCAUAGACAUCUUAAUAAAUGAAUUCACCAAAUUAAUAUAAUCUCGAUUCAAUUCCUGGAGAUUGGAAAUUGGCUAUAAUUCAUUAAUCUGCUCAUAAAGUAGGUGUAGCUGGAAAAUAAAUAUGUCAAUGUUGUGGAUAUCAUAUUUGUGAGUUCUAAUUAAAAUUAUCAGUUGACAAAGAAGAUUUAUCAUUUUUGGGAUCAGGAUAUCCUCUUUAUUUUACCUUCAUUAAAAAUUGCAUAUUUUUAUUAUGUCUUCAUUUGAUGGCAGCAGGUCAAUUCAAUAUUAUAAGUAAUUAUUAAGGUUAAGAUUGUUUGCCUAAAAAGAGAGUGAAAGAUGAAACAGAUUAAUAAUGUGUAAGAGAUAUAGUUACAAUAUUCUCUUUAGCUAAUAGAAGAAAAGAUUAAGAAUUGUAGGCAUUAUAAGAUAUAUUAACAUUAUCUUCAACAUUCUUAAUGAUGGCAUUUCUAAUUUAUUUUAGAAAGAAUCAAAAGAAAUUAGAUGUAUUUUGUGAUUUAUAAGAAUUGACUCCUAGUGAUUAUACAGUCAUGGCUUAUAAUAUAAAUUAACCAGAUAAGUUAAAAUAAUAUUUUGAAAUGGAUUUAUUUAAAUUGUCAAGGAAAAUUAAUGUGAAAAAGAUUAACUUAGCUUAUGAUUUAUCAAAAAUAAAUGAAUUGAAUUAAAUUAAACUUAACAUAUUAAAUAAGAAAAAAUCAAGUUUUCUAAAUUAAGAAUAUUUUGAUGAAAGAGAAUUAGAAGAUAUAAACAAUUAAAUUGAAAUUCAAAAAAAGAAUUGUGAUUUUACUGGAUUGGCAUUUGUAUCAUUCAAAUAUGAAAGAAUGAAAUCAGAUAUUAUUUAAAUUGCAAAAAGUGUAUUUUUAAAUCAUUAUUUUUAGGAUAAUAUCUAGCACCAAUCAUCAAUAUAUUCACUGGUUUAAAUUUUAAUGAAGGUAGAAUGCUUGAUUAUUAUGGACAUCCUAUAUAUGUUGAAGUUGCUCCAGAACCUACAGAUAUAAAUUGGAAUGUCAUCUAUAUUUGGGCAAAUCAUAGCAUAUAUAGAAGGAUUAUAGGAGCAAUUAUUAAUAUUAUUGUUAAUAUUAUUUUGUCAAUAGUAGUUUACUUUUCUAUUUUAAAGUAAGUUUAAGUCUUAGGAGAAUUGUCUAAAAAUUAUAAUGAAAAUGAUACAUUCAAUGAACAUUACAUAAAAGUUCAUUUGUAUUCUUUAGGAUAUUCAAUGAUAACAGUUUUUAUUAAUUCAUUUUUGUUGGAUGAAUUGACAAGAGCAAUUGUUAGUUUUUAAGCAUAUCCUACAUUUAGUUAAGUGAGUCUUGCUAUAGCAUCCAAAUUAUCAUUUAUGAUGUUUCUAAAUUCAGUAUUCAUGCAAUGUUUAAUUGCCUUAGAAUCUGGUAAUGUUUAUUAUGCUGGAGGACUUGCUUAUAAUAUGACUUACUUCUUUAUAUCAAAUGCAGUUAUACCUCCAAUAAUUUAAAUGUUAGAUAUUCCAACAAUACUUAAAUCAAUUAAAUAAUAUUAUUAUAAGAAAUAUGGUGUUCUUACAUAAUAAGAAUUAAAUGAGUAAAUAAAUAUAAUAAUUAAAAAGACUCCUAGAAUUUCCUGAACAUAAAAUUGAAGCAAGUUAUGCUGAAGUCCUUAAAACUAUGAAUGUUACAUUUUUUGUUGGUCCCCUUGUUCCUUUAGGAUAUAUAUUUAGUAUUAUUGGAUUAAUACUAUUUUAUUGGGCUGAAAAAUACUAAUUACUUAGAAGUAAGACAGUUAAACACACUCCUUCAUUUUAAUUAUCCUCAAGAAUGACAGACUCAUUAUAAUUAAUUCCAAUUAUACAUGUUUUCUCUUCUUCAGCCUUUAAGUACUUUAUUUAAAAGAAUUUAUCACUCAUUUCUGUUAUAGGGUUGAUUAUAGCAUUGAUAUAUCAUUUUAUUCCUAAUAAUAGAUUAGUUUCUUUAAUAUGGGAUUUUGGAGAACAUGAUGAAUAUGAGAAAUACUGUGAUUCUAUAUUUCCUUUUAAUUAUGAUAGAGAAAAUCCAAUUACUUAAAGAAAAGCUUUGAGAAGAUGGCUUAGAAGAUAGCAUAGAUUUGAAGAAAGGAAAGAAAAAAAGAUGAAAUCUGGAGAGGAUUAUGCAACUUUAAAAUAGAAGGAAAGAGAAAUUAAGUUAUAGCUAGAAUUAUUUUAAUGA